UAAUCCGAGGGCUGGUUGCAGCUCCGCUGGGGUAAACAGCACAUUUGAGCGUGAUAGUCUGAGACACCUGUCAAUCAAGGGGACAUGCCCACACACUCUUUGAACCCUUACGUUUCUAUUAAUAAAGAGAGAGAGAGAGAGAAAAAAAAACAAGAAGUUGAAAUAAACAUCAGCACAGCCCUGUCACAGGAAGCGCACGCUCGAUGGAUCGACUAGUUUGGUCUAGCUACCAGAAGACACGGAUGUCAACAAACCGCGGGACGAGAUCCCUGGGAGGUGUGGUAGAUGAGCCAAGAUGCUGGAUAUCGUCUCCUGCCUCACCAUCCAUCUGCUGCGGAUCAGACACGCGAAAAGGGGGCCAAGAAGCUCAAUGUUCCACGUAAUGGAGGCAUGAGGUUUCCCAACCGCUGGACAAAGCACUUGCAGCGCCAGUUUCCUCAGUUCGCUUCACGCUCGCCUGAGCCUGAACACAUGACAAGUUACUAUUGUUUUCCCAGACUGGAAUCACUGCACGCUUCUCCUCUUUUCUGUCGGAGGACCAUGUGAGCCCCCUUGAAUACGGCUGAGCGGCUCUUCCGGAUUUCGCUGACGCUGCGCCUGGUCCCGCCUGGCCUCCUCUGAGCAGGAUGGACACUCUGGAGUCAGAGCUGACCUGCCCAAUCUGCCUGGAGCUCUUUGAAGACCCGCUGCUGCUCCCCUGCGCCCACAGCCUGUGCUUCGGCUGCGCCCACCGCAUCCUUAUCUCCCACUGCGCGACCAACGAAUCCGUUCAGAGCAUCGGCGCCUUCCAGUGCCCCACCUGUAGAUAUGUCAUUUCCCUGAGUCCUGAGCGUGGAUUAGAGGGACUUAAGAGAAACGUGACCUUACAGAAUAUUAUCGAUAGAGUUCAGCGGGCCUCAUCCUCAGCAGGGCUGCCUCUACCCCUGCCGCUGCCUGCGCCCCACAGCGGGCCCAACUCUCCCGGCGAGGAAGGGAGCAACCGAUUGGCGCUGGUCCCUGUCAGUGCCGCCAUGUCCAGCCCAGGUACGCCUCCCGAGCCGGUCCAGUGCCAGUUCUGCGAGCAGGACCCGCCGCAGGACGCCGUCAAGACUUGCGUGACGUGCGAGGUGUCGUACUGUGAGGAGUGCCUCCGGGCGACUCACCCCAACAAGAAGCCGUUCACGGGCCACCGGCUCAUCGAGCCCAUGCCGGACUGCCACCUCAGAGGGCUCCAGUGCCUGGAGCAUGACGAGGAGAAGGUGAACAUGUACUGUGUCACUGAUGACCAGCUCAUCUGCUCGCUGUGCAAACUGGUCGGAAGGCACAGAGACCACCAGGUGGCGGCACUGAGCGACCGCUAUGAAAAACUCAAGCAAGCCCUGGACUCCAACCUGAGCAACCUGAUCAAGAGGAACAACGAGCUGGAGUCGCUCAUGGGGAAGCUGAUCCAGACUUGUCAACAUGUGGAGGUGAACGCGUCCCGUCAGGAGGGCAAGCUCAUCGAGGAGUGCGAUCUCCUGAUUGACAUCAUUCAGCAGAGGAGGCAGAUCAUUGGCAGCAAGAUCAAGGAGGGGAAGGCGCAAAGGCUUCGGAAGCUCGCCCAACAGAUCUCCAACUGCAAGCAGUGCAUCGAGAGGUCCUCAGCGCUCAUCACGCAGGCCGAUCAGACGCUGAAAGAAACCGAUCACGCUCGCUUCCUGCAGACUGCUAAGAGCAUCAACGAGAGGGUUUCCAUGGCAACUGCGUCAACCCAAGUGCUGAUCCCCGAGAUAAACCUAACGGACACCUUUGACACAUUUGCCCUGGACUUUGGGAGAGAGAAGAAGUUGCUGGAGAGUCUGGACUACCUUACCGCUCCGAAUGCUCCGUGCAUAAGGGAGGAGUUGUGCACCGCUUCCUACGACACCAUCGCAGUCCACUGGACGUCCGAUGAUGAGUUCACGGUGGUUUCCUAUGAGCUCCAGUAUGCCAUCUUCACUGGACAGUCUAACAUUGCCAGUCUGUGUAACUCGCUGGAGAGCUGGAUGAUUGUUCCCAACAUCAAGCAGAACCACUACACGGUGCACGGUCUGCAGAGUGGCACCAAGUAUAUCUUUGUUGUCAAGGCCAUUAACCAGGCGGGAAGCAGGAGCAGUGAGCCGGGGACUCUGAAGACUAACAGCCAGCCGUUCAAGCUGGAUCCCAAAUCUGCCCACAAGAAGUUGAAGGUGUCCCACGAUAACCUGACGGUGGAGCGGGACGAAACCACGUCCAAGAAGGGCCACAGCCAGGAUCGCUUCACCAGCCAGAGCAGCUACGGCGUGGUGGGGAACGUCUUCAUCGACAGCGGUCGCCACUACUGGGAGGCUUUAAUUGGAGGGAGCACAUGGUACGCUGUGGGCAUCGCCUACAAGUCAGCUCCUAAGCACGAGUGGAUCGGCAAGAACUCGGCCUCCUGGGUGCUCUGCCGCUGCAACAACUCUUGGGUGGUUCGUCACAACAGCAAAGAGCUGGCCAUCGAGCCCUCGCCCCACCUGCGGCGAGUCGGGGUCCUGCUGGACUACGACGCUGGCUACCUGACCUUCUACGACGCGGUGGGCUCCCAGCACCUGCACACAUUUCACGUCUCCUUCUGUCAGCCCGUGUGUCCCGUGUUCAACGUGUGGAAUAAGUGUCUGACGAUCCUCACCGGUCUACCCAUCCCCGACCAUCUAGAGGGAAUGGAACCCCAGGACUAAGAACUACAGACAGACAAGAAUAAAUCAGCAUAAACUUGUCCUAAUUAUCCUAAAGCUGCACUGGGCGAAAAUUUUCGAAAAAUGAUGAUACUUGGAUAAAGAACAGAAGAGUCCCACGCUUUUUAAUUCAGAUCUGCUCUAUUUACCCAAAUUAAUUCUGGUCAUGUGCAAUUUUGCGCCCAGAGGCAACGGCAAAACAAUAAGAGGAAUAUAAUGUUCGGAAACAGCUGCAGGCGAGCACAUUUUUCCCAAAAAGCUGGACUCACCAGGGUCUGACUGCUGCCAUUCGUGCACAAUUACCCAAUGCAGCUUUAAUAUGCAAAGAAAAAGCAAGUGAUGCCCAGGGGGUUAUAUUAUUAGGCUCCUAACAAAGUGAUUUCCAGUUGUUUACCGUCAUUCCUUAAAGCAAAUACAAUGCUGGAUGUCGUUGACUCUUAAAAGCUCAGUAAACCUAAUCUAGACGGAUGACAGUGAGCUGGAGUCGAUCCAGAAACUCCUACUUCCAAGGCUCUUUGGGGCCACAAUGGGUGUAUUUGUGCCACUGCAUCUAGGAAACAAGCCACAAAUCAAUUUCUAAUUUUCACCUUAUCAGAUAUAGCACUUUGAAAAACCCUGAAAGUACACACACAUAAGCUUACACAGCAUACACACACACACACACACACACACAAACAAGUGCAAAUACUAACUUAAAUCAAUCAUGGUUGCUGGGAAAGAGUAGAACAAUAGCUGUAUAUUUUGUAAAUUCAUCUCAUUCCCCCCUUAUCUUUCCCUCCUUCAUUAAAAAGGAACCAAAGUAGUCAUUGCUGUCCAUUCAGAUGUCUUUACAUAAACAUUUACAUAAAUGAAUAAAUGCUGAAGUAUUUUUAAAGAGCUACAGAAAGGAAAUAGUGUUAUGCUAAUAUUGAAAUGCAGGAUUCCCUUAAAGGUAGACCUUGUUUUUGCACAUUGUUCAUACUUUAUUCAUAGUUUUGUAGCCUAUUUUUUUUUUUAUUAUUAAUUUUGGUGCAAUUAACAUUCAUAUUGGGAAAAAGUGUUGUGUUUUGUUUGAGUUUUGUUGUGUUUAAUUUCCUUCUUUUUUUGUUUCUGGCAGACGGACAAGUCGCGCCAUUAUUAUUUCAUGUGAUAAUAUGUGAGUUGUGUUACUGUUGUGGCUCCAGGCUAUUGUUGGAGCUGAAAGGUAAAAUGCUCAUCUGGGUUGUGUUGUUUUUUUUUUCUCUCUCGCUUUUCUAUUAAAAAAAAAAAAAGUAGCAUGUGGCCAUCAAGUGAUCUGUUUGUGCUCGGGCUCAUGGAUUCGCUUUUGACUGUGAGUGUCUUCCCAUUUUCAAAACGUAAAAUCUGACACGCAUUUUACACUCUGAGGUCUUAUUUUGUCAAAUCCACAUGAAGCAUUGUUUGAAAUUGGUUGAAUUUCUCUCUCACAUUCACUUUACCGACACACAGCCACGCACGGGGGGGGCUCUCCCCGGACUUGUCGCACAUUGAUGAUGUCAUAGAGUGCACAAAACAAAUUUCUUCACUCAUUGGCUGAAUCCUGAUUGGAAUUUUCCCCAGUUCUUUGCUAUUUAAGAAAAAAAAAGGGACAAAACGGCCUGAAUGAGAUUCAGGAAUUUGAUGAAAUGGUGACGAUAGUGGGUGCUCCGGUUGAGCAAUAUUUCUCGAUGUUGCUGUGUUUGAAUAACUGGUACACUUUAAAAAGUAUGACAACAAAUAACAAACUGUUCUUUAAUAACUGUGUUUCCUCGGCAAUUAAUUAUACUGUGUGUUUUCAUUGUAUCUGAUACGAAUAUGUACUGCUUAAUUUAAUGUUUCCAUUUGAACUUUUAUGACCAUGGUGUUCUAUGUUGCGUCUCUGUGGACAUUUUUAUGGGAAAACAGGAUAUGAGUGCUUGCAUCACUGUCGUCUGCGAUGUGUCUACGAGAAGGUCAAAAAUAAACGGUGUUCCUUUUCA